AGCGAGCAACGUCUCCCAUCUCAAAGGCCCCAAACAGCAGCCAUCCACACAAACAGGAGAGGACUUUGCGUUUUUGAAUUGGAGCACAAAACAAACGGUGCUCUUCUUCUGCCAAAACAACACAAAAAGCCCCCUUCUUCCAAAUCUCGACUUCUCGACCAGCUUCAGCUUCAGCUUCAGCAUCGGCUCAUUGUGCUUGUGUUUUGCUUGACAAUCACCACCACUUCCCCCUUCAACGCCAAACACAGCUCAAAAAGCCCGCGGCUCAACACAAAUCUAAACCCGAAAUAAAGGCCAAAUAUUAAAACGAAAAAAAAAAAAAUGUCUGGACUCGAUGCCUCAGCCUCGGCGGCCUCCCUCGGGUCUGUGCAGGGCCCCGCGACCACCAACGUGCUUGUGACGCCAAUCGCAGGCUUCCACACUGAGCGCGAGCGGCUCCUCUCCGUCAAUCUCGGUGGCAAGACACUCGACUCGAUCAAGACCAAGACAUACACCAUCGAACACACCCGAGAGCGUUGGUACGAGCGGUUCUUCUGGGACAAGGAGCACCAGAACUUUGUCGGCAAGCACGAUGUUCUCGGCCCGAUCGCAUUGUCGUUGCUCAAGGAAAAGGUCGUUUCGUCUGCCGACGAGAAAAAGUACCAAUACCGCGCUAUUCUGUGGACCAAGAAGGGAAUGCUCCGAUGCUACUUCCCCAAGAAAUCAAACAAGACGGCAGACGUGUUUGCAUCGAUUGCAGAUGCGUGCGAGUUGCAACGCUCGUCCUUGAACAAUUUGAUGCUGGUGCAAAAGGAGCAACAGCAAAAGCUCUCGACAGACCUGCUCAAGAUUGAGUCGAUGGAGACGUCUUCGCGACUCAUCUUUGGCGUUGUAUUCGGCCGGAACAAUCAGACAAGCCUCGAAGACAUGCUUUUGAACGAGCACGGCUCGGAGACGUUCACUCAGCUGCUCGAUGUGAUUGCGACCAAGGUGGACGUGAACACAUUCCAGAACAAGGAUUUGAUGAAGUUUGCCGGCUUGAGCGCCAAGUCAGAAACCACCUCGGACGGUGUCGAAUCGGCCUACUAUACCGAGUUUGACGGCUUUGAAAUCAUGUUCCACGUCUCCACCCUUCUGCCAUACGUUGCCUCCGACAUGCAGCAAGUCGCCCGCAAGCGCAAGAUUGGCAAUGACAUUGGUGUGUUGGUCGUUCACGAGGGCACUGGCGGUUUCUCGCCGUCCAUGACCAGCAGCAAGGUCAACCAUGUUUUCGGCAUGCUCCAAGUCGACAAGCGACAAAACACGCAUGUGCAGUUCCGCUUUGUCACCGCCGCCAAGGACGAGGUCCCAGCCUUUGGCCCCGUGCUCCAAGAGGAGUUGACUGUUUUCGACGAUCCUGCCGUUUUCCGAUCUUUCAUUCUGACCAAGAUGAUCAACGGUGUCCAUGCCGCCUAUCACCAUGCUCCUGGCUUCCGACGCGAGACAACGCAAGAAAAGCUGCUCGAUGACUUGUUGAAUCGCUACAGCAGUCGAAACCGCUGGGUCUCGUGGUCGUCAAAGCACGCUCGCCGUCGCUCAGUACUCAUCUCGCCAGCAGAGCUGCAUGCAGGUCUUUGCGCGUCCUGCUUGAAGCCAAUCACCAUUUCGGAGACGGGCGUGAGCGCGCUGGGCAAGUCGUGGCACGUCAACCACUUUGUGUGCGCUCACUGCGACGUUGCGUUCGGCACUUCUCCGUUUAUUGUCAACCCGCAAGAUAACAAGCCUUAUUGCGAAAAGGACUAUGAAGACUUGUUCUGCCCUCGGUGCCAGGCGUGCGAGAAGCCCAUUUCCGACUACGUGUUGCAGGCGAUGGGCAAGACGUGGCACAUGCUCCACUUUGUCUGCGACGAGUGCCAGGAACCCAUCGGCGAGCGUCUCUUUGUCGAAAAGGACGGCAAGGCAUACUGCCUCGACGAUUUCUACAAAAAGUUUGGCUUUGCCUGCGCCAAGUGCAGCGAGCUCAUCACCGGCGAGUACAUUGAGGCCCUCGGUCGGCGGUGGCACACGCAGUGUUACACUUGCUUCUCGUGCAACAAGUCCAUCAACGGACCCAACGUUAACGCGAUGGGCUUCCCGUGGCAUCCCGACUGCUUCUGCUGCCAGGUCUGCAGGAAGACGUUCGACGACGGCUGCUUCUUUGAGCAUGAAAACAGGCCGUACUGCGAACUCCACUUUUACGACAUUACGGGCUCGUUGUGCGCCAAGUGCCAGGAGCCCAUUUUGGACGACCAAAUUGUCCGGGCCUUGGACAAGAGCUACCACGCCGACCACUUCUGCUGCAUGAAGUGCAACAAAGUGAUUGGCGACAACGAGCACUUUAUUGAGCACGAGGCCAUGCCUUACUGCCAAGGAUGUGCUGUCGAGUUUGAGUCUUCAACAUGAGUCUCUUAGCCCCAGCCUAAUAUUCGUGGUUGGAUCAAUGUUCGCUUUUUUCUGCUCUCUUUUUUUUUUUUUUUUUAAUUUUCUUUCGUUUUGAACAAAUCCUUUUUUUGGGGGGGCUUUGCUUGGUAUUGGAGGGUUUUUUGUUUUGCCACCUGCACGACGCCUGGGGCGUCUGUUGCUUUGGCUUUCAUUCCCGCCGUCCUUUGAUGCAGAGCCCUUUUGUUUCCUUGGUCUUGUUUUCACGCUCUUGUUCUCGCAUAAGUGUAUGAGAGCGUGUCGGUUCUCUCUUGCCUUUGUUGUUUGUUGUGCGUGUACUGUCUUUUAUGUGUGUUGCUUUGUUUGACCAGUGUUUGUAGUUGUUGUUGUUCAGUGUUGCACUUUUUUGUUUGUUUGUUUGUUUACAAAUUCAUCUCAUUCAUCAACUCCCAAC